AUGCCUCAACUAGAUACAUCAACUUGAUUUAUCACAAUUUUAGCCACAAUUUUAACUUUAUUUAUUAUUAUGCAACUAAAAAUUUCCACCUAUUAUUACCACUCUAAUCCAGAACCAAAAACAACUAAAAUAACUAAAUCUUUAAUUCCUUGAGAAAUUAAAUGAACGAAAAUUUAUUCGCCUCUUUCAUUACCCCUACGAUAA